CUUUCCACUGACGCUGACGUCCGCCGCCUCCAUCUACAGACCACCAACGACAUCGAGACCACCACCAUGAAGUUGUCCAGGGGCCUCGCCCUUUCCACGCUAUGCAGCGCAGCUUCCGCCGCCAGAGAAGGACACGUCUACGUGUACGAUAAGGUCCCCGGAUCCCUACCGCAGGCACCCACCACGGUGACGCCUGAGACAGCUCGAUUGAUCCUCGCAAGACGGAUGGGCCUCUCCGACUUUCAUUCAUUAGAGAACCCCAGCGAGGACACGAUUCGGAAUCUCAAUGUUUAUGGAGGGAAUCAGCCCAAGCUCUUCGGCGGACACCGCCAGAACGAUCUGAAGAUGCAGACCGUUAUGUGGAUUGAUGAUGUGGAAGACUUUGAAGUCUUUGCAUCUUGCUUCCAGGACAAAGAUUGGAUGAAACUCACCGUCUCCGAUCCCCCUUCCACGUCGGACAACGAGCGUCUUAUCGAGGACAUGGCUCUGCAAACGAACGCUCUGGACGACCACACACGCAAGUCCGGGUCAGACUCUGACAGCAAGAACGAGUUUCUCAAUGAUUGGCUUAGGGUGGCGAGCCGGAACUAUGAUGUUGUCCGGAAGACAACCCAGAAGAAUGAGUGUCCGUUCUCGCACCACAACAGCGUUACGCCCUCGAUGACCGUUGUACUUAUGCCGCCAUCCUCCCCCAAAUCCAAGCGCCGCGUACAGCCCUAUGGACCCUACACCGUCCCAUCUCCGGACCAUCUCCGCCGUGAGGUCGCAGAGGCUCACAUCUCCAAAGAGACGCCCCUCUCCCUAGCUUCUACCACACCCGACCUCCCUGAUGAUCUCGAGACUUUCCCCGUCAUCACCGCAGCUAAAGAGAAGGGCGACAAUACCACAGCUCCCUUGGGUAUCUUGAAGACCUGCUACGAGUCACAGUCCAAGUGCGUGGCCGCCACCAACGCGUGCACAGGUCACGGCAAAUGCGUGAACAGGAAUGGAGGCAAGAAAGAGAGAGGAUUCGACUGCUGGCACUGCGCCUGUGAAGCCGAGGUCAAGAUGCAUGAUGGCAAGGGUAUGGAGACGGGCAAGAAGACUGUCUACUGGGGCGGACCCGCUUGCCAGAAGAAGGACAUCUCGACACCGUUUUGGCUUCUUACUGGCACCGCCGUGUUGCUUGCAUUCUUGAUCAGCUCUGGUAUUGGAUUGAUGUACUCUAUGGGAGCCGAAGAGUUGCCUAGCGUGAUUGGUGCUGGUGUCAGCGGCCCGUCAAGGAAGUAA